AUGUCGGCAAAACGGGGAAAAAAAGGAAAACCCCAACUUUAUAGCCAUAUUGCUUCAGCUAUAAUACCAAUAACAAGUAUUGUUGCGGUUCCAUCAGUUUCUCAACAUUUUCCACAACAAAAGACACGCGCCAACGAAGAAUGGGGUCCAGUAGCAUCUACUCUUCUACGUGCUUCUCUUACCAGUCAAAUACUCAUUCCAUCAUCAUCAUCAUCAAAGACGUCUUUAAAUCAAUAUGUUGAAGAUGAUAGUCAACGAAGUAGAAUACGAACACCUAUUGGACGUAUGGAUGCAAGUACAGAUGAUGAUGAAGAAGAAAGCGAUGAAGAAAAAGAUGAACAUAAAUAUCAAGAAUCACUUCGUGCAUCUACUGUUAAAAAACCAACAUCAACAAUAGCUGAUGAUGAUCUUAGUUCAAAAGUUCAUUCAGAUCGAAAACAAACAGCUAAUGCUGAAGUAUCAAAAUCAUCAACAGCAACGUCUACAGAUGACAAAAAUUUAAAACGAGCAACAGUUACUAUUAUACGACAACAUGUACCUCCAUUAGUUCUAAAUCCUUCACCCAGUCAAUUAGGUCCAACAUCAGCAAAACCUAGCAGUCAAAGAGAUGGUAUUGGUGAAGAUGCUAAAUCAAUUACAACAACGACAGCACGUUCAUCUCUUAAUGAUGCAACAACAAUGCCAGUUAGUGCUCGAUCUGUUUCAUUUAAAGAACCUGUUGUUCAUGAAACAUAUGAUCCACCAUCAUCAACAUCACAGAAAACAAAUACUGUUCUAGUUAAUAAUAAUUAUUCUGUAUUGGAUAAAAUUGUUAUUCCACCACCAGAACAAUAUCAACAAAAUGUUAAUGAUCUUGAAAAACGUAAUCAAUUAUUAACUGAUGAAGUUCAACAAUUAAGAAUGAUUAAUGGAAAUCUACAAACUCAACAAGAAGAAUUACUUAAUCGUUUACAAACAUCACAAAAAUUAUCACAACGAGAAUUAAGCGAUCUUUUAAAACAAGCUGGACAUGAUCAAGGUCAAUCAAGUACACAAGAACUGAAAAAAGAAAAUCAUUUUCUUAAGGAUUUUAUUCAUCGUUUAAAUGUUGCCUCUAGUGAAUAUCAAAUAAUGCAUCCACCAGAUGUAUUGAAGAAAGAUAUGAAUAAAGAACAACGAAAUCUAAAAGCUUUACCAAUGAAAGGACCAUCACCAAUAUGGCUCCUUAAUCAAAAAUUUCUUGCUCCAUUAUUUGUUUGCUAUGAUGAAAAAUUACAUGAAAGAGAAGAAUUUAUUAGAAAACUUCAGACUCAACUUAAUGAAUUAAAUAAUGAAGUUAAAUUAAUAACUAAUGAAAAUUUAUCAUUACAUGAACGAAUUUCUCGUACAUCAGUAUCAAUACCAAUAAAUCAAAGUUCUACACAUGCAAUCGAUAUCGAAAAUAUUAAACGACAAGCUUAUCUUGUCUUAGAAGAAAAUAAAGUUCUUCAAGAACAACUUAAUUUACAAACAAAUAAAUUAACUGACGUACAAAAAGUACAAAUUCAAGAAGUAUCGAAUUUAACACGACGUUUAAUGGUUAUUGAAAGUGAAAAAACAGAAGUAGAUCGAUUACUUGAAACAAUGAGAAUAAAAAAUGAAGAUUUAAGAAAACAAUAUGAACAAUUAAUUAUAGAUAAUGAUCAUCGAAUGCAUGUUGAAGAUCAUGUUAGAGAAAUCAAUGAAAUGAAACGAUUAAUAGAUGAAUUAAUUAAAAAACAUGCAAGUGAAAUGCAACUACUUCUUCGCCGAGUACAGGAUGCUGAAACUGUUAAACGAGUAGCUCAAUUAACAUUAACCGAAAGUCGUAAUGAUAAUGAACGUUUAAAAAAUGAUAUAAAUACAAUAAAAAAAUCAAAUCGAAAAUUAGAAAUACGAGUAAAGACAUUUGAAAAAAAACUUGAAUUACAACAAUUAAAAGAACAACGAACAACAACAAUGCUUGAUAAAGCUAAUGAAGAAGUUGAAAAAUGUAAAUUAGAACAAGAAACAUAUUCAAUAUUGGCUAAAACAAAAGAAGAAGAAAUGAAUCAAACAAAAAUACAAAUGCAAGAAGAAAUUAAAAAAAUAACCAAACUUGAAAAUCAUCUCGAAAAUUGUAAAAGUAAAAGUAAAGAACAUGUUAGUGAAGUACAAGAACAAAUGAAAAAACAAUAUGAUAAUUUAAAAUUACGUUGUUCGGAACGUGAAGAGCGUAUUCAACAACUUCUGACUUUAUUAAAUGAAAAACAAGUGACUAUCGAUGACUUAAAUGCAGAAAGACGCAAUCUUGAAAUCGAUCUUGAGACUAUCUGGCAGACAACAAAUGCUGAUAAUAUGCGCAUGCGACAACAAUUACUUGACAUGCAUGCAAUGAAUUAA